UCCUUCCUUCAGCAAAGAGCAAACUGCCCUAGCCUCAAACCCUAGCCUCCACCAAUAGUUGUCGCGGUCUGUCGGAGUGAGAGACUGCUGCCGCCGCCCAUCGCACUCAAGAACUUCCGUCUUCGUGCUCUCGGGCCUCUCGCCGGAUCCUCCACGUUGGGUGCUCGCAUCUCGCCGUUCUCCUCUGUGCUCGGCUGCUCGCGCCUCCCUCCGCCAGUGAGUGCUCGAGCUGUGCGUGUUGGUUGCUGCUCGUCGUCCGUGGUUGUCUCUGCUCGAUUCUGCCUCCCAGUCUCACUCGAGUCUUGUCUCAGUCACUGGCAUCUCGUGGUUCGUCUGUCUCGUUGCCGGCGGCAGAAGCAACUCGUGGGGUUGUCUCUUGCUUCGUCGCCUUCCGUGGGGUGGUCGCCGACACGCCGUCGACCGUUGCCCACUGGAGUCUCUCUCAGUCUCCCUCGCCGGAGUCUCGUCGUUCGUCUUGCGGCCUUCCUCGUCGUCUCACUCGAGUCUCGUCCCUGAGCUCCUCGUUGCUGGAGGAGGAAGCAUCUCGUGGGGGUCGUCGCUUGCUUCGUCGCCUUCCGUGGAGUUGUCGUCCCUCGCCGUCUUCUGGUUUCGGGUUCUCUCCGUCGCCGUGGGCCGUGGAUAGUUGGUUUGAGAGAGUUAAAAAAGAACAGAAUAACCAUCAAAUAGUACUCCUCUCCACUUAUUCCAGCAGCCACUGAACCCUCCAAAACCCUCGAAACCUCCCACCGCGGCUCCACCGCAAACCCCUAACACCCACCAUGGUACGCGAUGGCGACGCGACGGACCAAAACGGCGACGCUUUGGUACCACCACUUCCAACCAACGAGAAGCGGAAGGGGAAGCACGACAAGCCAAAGCCAUGGGACGAGGACCCUCACAUCGAUCAUUGGAAGGUCGAGAAGUUCGAUCCUUCUUGGAACGAAGGCGGCAUGCUUGAGGUUAGCUCGUUCUCCACUCUUUUCCCUCAGUACCGGGAGAAGUACCUUCAGGAAGCUUGGCCUUUGGUGAAGUCUGCGCUCAAGGAAUUUGGCAUCUCUUGCGAGCUCAACUUGGUUGAGGGUUCAAUGACGGUUUCCACGACCAGGAAGACGAGGGAUCCUUACAUUAUUGUCAAAGCUAGGGAUCUUAUUAAGCUUCUUUCACGAAGUGUUCCUGCUCCUCAGGCAAUCAAAAUACUUGACGAUGAAGUGCAAUGUGACAUCAUUAAAAUUAGUGGCUUGGUUCGCAAUAAGGAGCGUUUUGUAAAAAGAAGACAACAUCUUGUGGGUCCCAAUUCUUCCACAUUGAAGGCCCUUGAAAUACUCACAGGUUGCUACAUUCUUGUCCAGGGAAAUACAGUUGCUGCAAUGGGUUCAUUUAAAGGCUUGAAGCAAGUAAGGAGGAUUGUUGAAGAAUGCAUGCUGAAUAAAAUGCAUCCUGUGUACAACAUUAAGGUUCUUAUGCUGAAGAAAGAACUUGAAAAGGAUCCGGCCCUUGCACAAGAAAACUGGGAUAGGUUUCUUCCAAAGUUCAAGAAGAAAAAUGUUCAGCAAAAGAAGGUUAAAUCUAAAGAAAAGAAGCCAUAUACUCCUUUCCCGCCUCCUCAACAGCCCAGUAAGGUUGAUAUUGAAUUAGAAACUGGAGAAUACUUCUUAAGUGCUAAGAAGAAAUCAGCAAAGAAAUGGCAAGAGAAGCAGGAGAAGCAAGCGGAAAAAACUGCUGAGAACAAAAGAAAAAGAGAAGAGGCCUUCAUUCCACCCAAGGAACCUGCAAAGCCGGUGGAUAAAUCUGAAGAUGCUAAUAAUAAUAAUGUAGCUGACAUGGCAAAGUCCUUAAAGCAAAAAGCAAAGAAGCUAGGGAUGCGCAAAUCCGAAGAAAACAUAAAUGCUGAGACAUACAUCAUAGGAUCAUCAGAACAACCAUCAGGAAAGAAAUCAAAGAAGCAAAAAUCUUAGUUAACAUCUGAUCCUUUGGAGAUGGAAGAUGGGCUUGUGGAUUGAAAUCGAUCCCAAAAAUUCGUCUCUUAGAAAAGUUUUGACACUAGUGUGCAAGUCUAUGGACAUUGCUGCCGCAAUUUGUCGAGAAAGUGUGAGUGGGUUGCAUUGUGUCUCACUCGUUCUUGCCUAAUUAGAUUGUAACAUGUACGACAAUGAUCCCUUUUCAAAAUGUAUUGGCCAAAAUGGAUCUUUUCAAUUUUUCCUUUUAA